AUGGCGGCCGAAGAGAGCGACCACGACGGCAGAGCCGCCACGGAAGCCUCGCAGCAAGGAAGAUCCGCGGGAGGCCAAGGCACGGGACCGAGCUCGGAUCCGGGGUGCGAGGUACAAGACCACGCCCCGUUCAGCUCGCCCAGGCCCGGCACGUCAGCCAAACCCGCUUCCCGACCAAGCCCGACACGCCCCGCUCCUCAGAGCCAAUCCUUAUUCCGAAGUUACGGAUCCAAUUUGCCGACUUCCCUUACCUACAUUAAUCUAUCGACUAGAGGCUCUUUACCUUGGAGACCUGCUGCGGAUAUGGGUACGAACCGGCGCGACACCUCCACGUGGCCCUCUCCUGGAUUUUCAAGGUCCGAGGGGAAGAUCCGGACACCGCCGCAACUGCGGUGCUCUUCGCGUUCCAAACCCUAUCUCCCUGCUAGAGGUUUCCAGGGAACUCGAACGCUUAUACAGAAAAGAAAACUCUUCCCGGAUCUCCCGACGGCGUCUCCAGGUCAUUUUGGGUUACCCCGACGAACACUCUUACGAGGGCCCGAAUGGUAUGCGGUUCCGCUGCCGGGUUCCGGAAUAGGAACCGGAUUCCCUUUCACCCAAUGGGGCUAA